AUGAUACGCCCCCGCCCGCCCAGCCAUCUGCGCUCGGUCGGCAGGCCUGGAAGCGUGGGGCUGCCGCGGGCUCCGGCGGGUCGGCGAGGCCGUGGACCUGCGUCCCCCUGGCGAGCAGACCCGGCUUCUUUGGCUCUGAGACCCCAGACGGGACGCCUGCCCUCCAGGAUGAAGGUCUUCCUGCUGGUGCUGCUGGUCGCCCUCCUGGGUGUGGAGCCAGCCCACUCCCUGAUGUGCUUCUCAUGCAUCAAUCAGAACAGCAAUUGGUACUGCCUGAAGCCGACCAUCUGCUCCGACUCGGACAACUACUGCGUGACCAUGGCGGCCGCAGCGGGCAUCGGCAACGUGGUGGAUCUUGGCUACUCCCUGAACAAGGGCUGCUCCCCGAUCUGCCCUGGGCCCCCAAGUGUCAAUCUCGGCGUGGCGUCCGUGGGCGUCCACUGCUGCCAGAGCUUCCUGUGCAACAUCAGCGCGGCCGGUGGGCUGCGGGCCAGCGCCACCGUGCUGGGCCUCGGGCUCCUGCUCAGCCUGCUGUCGGCUCUGCUGCGGCUUGGCCCCUGACCGCUGGGACCCUGUGCCCAGCCCGGACUCCUGAAGCUCAGGAAGCAGAGCCCAGCCUUUCUCAGACCCCAAAAGGAUAUCAGAGCCUCCUCCUCCAACUCCUCACCCUGCCUGACCCCUCCCCCUCUGCCCUCAGUCCCCACAGUCACGCCUGCCCCCGCAUCUAUACCUGCCAGCUGCCCUCACUUCCGGGCAAUGAUGUCACCUUCCUUGGGAAACCUGGGAAGAGAUGAAGGUCCCCCUGGAGCCUGAGGGUCCCGGAGU